AUCACUCAUUUCCUGAUUCAUCUAUCUGAAGGUGGUUUCCUUGAGUCCGGAUCUCAGAGUGUCUCAGCCUCCUCCCACACUGGUCAAUUCGUGCUCCAGCAGCCUAAGUCUGCCUCAAGAGACUUUUGGGUGGUCAGAACUGACCCUAGCUGGAUGCAGUAUUCUUUCCCUUAGGCUUGCUAAAGUAGCACAGAUCCUCACAUCCAUGGUGCCAUAUUUUGGAGACCCCACCACUCAUUCUUUUCCUACAUUCUAUGGUCCAGCACUGGCAGUUCAAAGCCUAUUUGCCCUGGCACUGUCACUUCAGAGCUGUACAGUGCUGGUGCUCCUGAGUGGCAGCCCCUGGCAGGCUGUUGUUCCUGAAGGGUUAGAGCCAAGCUGACUGUCAAGGGCCAAGGAAACUUCCACUGUCUAGAGCUAGGGUGCCCAUGACACUGGAAAGAACCUUCUCUGGGGUGUAGGAAGGGGUUUGAUGUAAGCCUAGGUUGUGUCCUUAGAUCUGCUUAUGCAGCCUUACCGCUGGUAGGGUGAGAGGUAGGGGAUGGGUGCUGAGUAAGUUCAGGGUUAGGGAGCAUUAGUUCCUGGUUUUUUUUUUAAUCUUCCUUUGGAUUCUGGAGGUCCUGGACAACAGAGACAGCUGGCAUUAUCUUUGGUGUAUAAUUUCUUUUGGAGAGGUUCACAAGGUCAUUGAGAUUGCAGAAACGUCCAGUCCACCGGCUUGUUGCUUAUGGGACCCAGGAGUCAUCCAUCCACCACUGCACCCAGUCACAGUUCAAGGGACCACUCAGUUUCCUUUUGGAUUUAGAAAUAAGUUUGUCAUGGUAUCCAGCACAGUAGGUAUUGAGCAGGAUAGAAACCAAGAAAGCUCAAAAGCAAAUCCUUGCCCAGUGCUUAGAGCCCAGUGAGAUAAAAUGAUAGAUAAAAAAGGAUUAUUUUUGCUUAAUGAAGCAUUCUGGUUCUCAAAGCUCAUUGCACUGUUUUCAAUAGAAAUGUUGUGCUAAGGGGCUGGAAUUUGGAAAUUCCUCUACGGCCAACUAAUCGGGCUGCUCUGAUUCUUUUAAUAGAAACGGUUCCUGAUAGGAACCUGCUGCACUUGUAAUGAAGAAAUUUUGAAAUAGAAAAAAAGAAAAGGAAAAAAAAGGUAUCAAAAGUAGUCUAUUCUAUCUAAUGAUGGUAGGAAGGGCUUUCCCCCAGAGUAAUCUGAACCAUCUGCCUCUAUACACUAAGGAGUUCGCCACUUUAAUCCAGCUUAUGGCCGACAAACCAUUUUUGGUAUCCUCUUUUCCCUAUCAUUAUGCCCUUGAAGAGCUGAUGAGGCUGUGUAGAAAGCCCUUUGCUGUUAAAUUACUUGCUCUCUUUGGGGAAGUUUUGAGAAUUUUAAUUUAUUUUUUAAGUUUUGAGGCUUAGUUUUCACUUUUUUGGGAUAAGACCAUGACUUUCUUCAUCAAAAGCAUGCUAAGUGACCAGGUCAAGAAUUUAGGCCUUGGCGGUGGUACGGAAGAGAAAAAAGAAGAAGGAGGCACCUCUGAUCCUGCAGCUGCAAAGGGAAUGACUAGAGAGGAGUAUGAGGAAUAUCAGAAGCAAAUGAUUGAGGAGAAAAUGGAAAGGGACGCUGCAUUUACACAGAAAAAGGCGGAAAGGGCAUGCCUCAGAGUUCAUCUCAGAGAAAAAUAUCGCCUCCCAAAGAGUGAAAUGGAUGAGAACCAGAUACAGAUGGCUGGAGAUGAUGUGGAUUUGCCUGAAGACCUUCGGAAAAUGGUGGAUGAAGAUCAAGAAGAAGAGGAAGAUAAAGAUUCCAUCCUUGGACAGCUGCAGAAUCUCCAGAACAUGGACUUGGACACAAUCAAAGAAAAGGCCCAGGCCACCUUCACUGAAAUGAAACAAACAGCAGAGCAAAAAUGUUCUGUGAUGUGAGAAAGCUAGGAACUGGUGUAGUCUGGCAGACAAUGGGUAAAUAUGCCGCUGAGGGGAUAGUACCAUUGAAUGGCAUUUCAGAAAGCACCGUGUGUCUAAAAUAGUGACUAGCAUGAGAGACUGAGCCGCUAAAGCAUCAGACAAAUUCUUAGUCCUGUAGCCCAUGUAGUACCAUGUUGAGGCCAGAGGAUAUUAUAUUUUAAAGGCAUAAAUUCCUAUAUUUGUAUGGUACAGAAACCACAUUAUUUAAUGAAAUGACCCUUAAAAUAAUUAAUGAAGCCUAGAGAAAGACAGACUGAAAUUCUCUGUCAAAUUCUCUCCUACUCAGUGACUCAUUUUAACUUGUAUCUUGGUGUUUGGCAUCCCUUAUUGUAAAGAAAGUGUGGGUGUAUUUUGCAUACCUGGACCUGGAAAAGAUGCAUAAAACAGGAAGCACAAAAGCUAGAAGAGAUAGUGUCUGAGCUGCUAACACUGCUAAGUUUAUUACAGUUUCUUCCAAGGAAUAUGAAAAAACUGACCACACAUUUCUCAGGCUCAUGCUGCAAAAGGCAAUUCAUGAAGGCCCAGGUCAUCUUCCAUAUCCAUCUCAACGGGACAGGUUUUUCAUCAGAUUAGCUAUAGAGCUGGGUGAAAAGUCCCGUCUUUCUCCCUUAAUACACAAUCCUGCUGUCCCACCUUCCUACAUCAUAAAAUGAAGUUGAGGGUUAUUGAUGAUUUUGUGGAUUUGAGGUAUAAUUCAGCACCAUCACCACUGUAGAAAAAGGGAGGAUGGACAAAGCAGCUAUUCUUGAUCAAGAAAGAAUCGCACUUGCCUACAAGAAUCCAGCAUGCUCUGGAGGGAACAUAUCCUGUGCACAGAAAUGAAUGUUAAAAUAAAAUGUAAUUU